CCCGUUGCUAAAGUGCAUCAGCCCCCGAGGCGGAGCUGACAUGCUCGUCCUCGCCCGCCUUUCCCAGGCCAGGUUCACUCUGAUCCGUUCUCCUCGUCCAGGACGGCCGACAUAGCAUACUGUUUUCUUCGAGGCAAGCAGCGAUCACGGAUCCAUGCCUUUCUUCAAGUCUUCGAACAAGUCUCAUAGCUCGAUUGAAGAUUCGCGACCUGAGCAUCCACAUCAACAUCCACACCACCAGGCUCACCCUAGCGCAUCUUACGCAUUUGAUCACCAUUCUGACCGCUAUACCCAACAACCCCUGACCGACGAGCAAUAUCAGAUCCAAGACACCCAAUCUCAAUCCCAGCCUCUUCCUGCGCAGCAUCUGUCCCGCAGUCACAGUGUCUCGGCCGGCGAGGUGCAUGGCGCUCAGCGACCCAGCGUGAACCUCGUGCCCCCGCCGUUACAACAACACGGGAUCCCUGAAGAGCCAACACCUAUUCCUGGCCAGACUUUCUUCGGUCAAUCAAAAUCGGCCCGCAUUGAGCGUGACGAGAAACAAAAGAAGAGUAAGAGGAGUUUCAUCUCUGGACUUAUUAAGGACAAGUCCAAGGACGAAGAUAAAGAGCGGGAGAAAGAGAAGGAAAACGCUGUCUCAGAGCAGCGCAAAGGAGGUAUCGGUCGAUCAAGCUCUGUGCACCUGCUGAGGAAGUCGCAGCCUGCUGAACCCAGUACACGAGAGUCUCAUUCACAGCAGACCUCACCCAUCUACCAGACAAGACACUCCGCAUAUUAUCCUUCGGUCGACACUACUCCAGCAUAUCCUUCAGAUCAGCCUCAAUACCGAGGAGAUUUCGAAUCUCCACAGAGCCAUACGACCCAACAAUCUGUGGACUACGAGGAAGACGCUCCUCAUUUCACUCCAGAGCAAUAUCGGGCUUAUCACCAGACCGAAUCAGCCAACACCUCCGAGCAUUAUCUUCCUUAUCAGGGCCAGACACAGCAUCCUCGAGGGGCGAAUAUCGAUACUGAUCAGUACCGACAUCUACGACCACCCUCGCAGGCAUCUCUCGGCCCGCCAUCGCCGACUACUAACGUUCCUCAUACGCAAACUCUCCUAGACUCUCGCCCGUCUACGUCAGCGACCAGCAGAUACUCGGUGCAGUUGGGGCCGCAGGGUCAGCAGCAGCAACAGCCGGCAAUGGCAGGAGGGGAGGCACGUAAUGGAAGCCUUCGCCAACAACUGUCCCAAAGAGACGCUCGUACUGAGGACCACAACCAGCAAUACCAGAGCUCGCAGGAUCCACGAGCCAGAAUGUCACAACAAGGUUCAGAACACGGCAGAAGUACGCCUCCUCCCAGGAGCAGAGAGGACAUCAGUCAGUUAGACUAUCAUCAGCUGCUUCAGCGCCAUGAAGAGUUGCAAGCCAAAUAUUCCAAGGUGAAACGGUACUAUUUUGAACGCGAAGCGCAAGUUACCCAGUUGCAGAACACAGUGGCAACCCAACGAUUGUCCAUGUCAAGGACUUCGCUGGAUGAUGCCCAAUACACGGCCAGGUUCGAACGUUUAAGCCAGGCCAUCAACAAUCUGGCGUUCAAUAUUCGCAAGAACUGGCGAGCAGUCCCACCGUGGCUUCGUCAUGUUUGCAACCAAGACGCCCAUUCGAUCGGCACCAAAGAAAUGACAGCUGUCGGUCGAGCUUGUAUAACUCGGUGGCUUUAUGAGAGCAUAUUCGAACGUACAUUUCACCCCGGGAUUGAUCCUGGGCUGUCGGCUCAUUUGAAGAACAUUGAACGUAGCAUUCGCCGUUCGGGACAAGGUGGCAGCCUUUUGGCCGACGAGCAACGGGACGACCUCAUUACAAAAAUCACCACAUGGCGGCUGACCACGAUUGAAGGUCUUCAAGACGUCCUGGCCUCGCCCCAAGCUGAGAAGUACACGGAGAACUUGAAUCAAAUGUUCACGCACCAGCUCACUGAAUCUUUGAAAGCCAAUCUCACGGAUCCUCCACCAUUGGGUCUCAGUGAAGGUGUUGGUAUGAUUGUUGGUCAAGCGGUAGGCAUUGCAGCAAAUAUUCCACUCGAAUCGCGCGAUAUUUGCAUCGAGUACUUCAUGCCUGGCACGCCGAUUAAUGAGAUGUACAUGAAGGUCGAGCCCCAGAUCACAGCUCUGACCAAUCCAGGCCAAGAUGAGCGCUUACUCGCGAUGCAAGCUGCUCAGGCGCAACAACAAGCCAUGCAAGAGGGACAAGAAGGCGACGGUAUGGACACGGUCAGCACAGAGGAUGGACCUCGUGACCGGGAUGUCGAGGCCGAGAUUCGUGAAGCCGCUGGCAAAGCAGCCUCACAACAGUCUCAGGGUCGGUCUGAUAGUGUUGCCACUCAAGGCAGUCAAGCUACGAUCAAGAUCCCGGACAAGCAGUCCAAGAAAUCGAGCUUCCUUGGUGGCAUUGUUGGCAAAAAGCCACCAGUUUCUCGCGCCGACAGUCGGGCUACAGAACCUGCUUCCGGGAAUAAUGGAGAGGAUCAACGUGGCAAUGUCAGGGAGAGCAUGGCGGUUGACCCGGCCCAGUUAAAUGCUGCACCGGGUGCAAAUGAAGGGAGGAUUCGUUUCGCAGCCUUUGUGGCUGUUGAGGUCCGAGUCAAGGGACCAAGUUCCAAUUCCUCGACUUCGGGAGGUAACUCCGGCAAAGAGCCUGGGUCUGCAGCUGGUGGUGGCGUCAGGGAGUCGGCCGUCAAUGUCCUUUUCAAGGCGCCGGUUUACGAAUAUUAGACUCGUCAGGCCAGGAUGGUAAGGGGUGGGAGUGGUUCUGGCCUUGCUCGCUUGGUUGAUCGGCAGAUGGGCGUUUUGAGCGUCUGAGGUUGGUGGCAUGGGUUGGAGCGAAAUUAAGACCUUGGGUUGCCGGUCAUGUUUGUUACUGAAAGAAAAGGCUGGCUAUUGAUGGACGAGGAAUCUGAUGACCAUUUCUUUCAUAAUGUUGGAAUAUCUUGCUCAGUACCGUACUCCGUGGUGUUAACUCAUCCGACUUUCUACAUUUUCGACCUGUCACCUGGGUGUCACCCAUGAGAA